ACUAUCAUCGGCUCCCUGGUGGGGGCUGUUCAUGGCGGUUCCGGGGUCUCCAACAUUUUUCCCGGUUGUGGUCCAAAUCUGUCCGAAGCGGAGGCAGUGGAGCUUGAGGUUCUUGCUGGUGUGAAAUGACUGAGUACAAACUGGUGGUGGUUGGAUCAGGUGGUGUUGGGAAAAGCGCACUGACAAUCCAGCUGAUCCAGAACCACUUUGUAGAUGAAUACGAUCCCACCAUAGAGGAUUCUUACCAAAAACAGGUGGUUAUAGAUGGUGAAACCUGUCUGUUGGACAUACUGGAUACAGCUGGACAAGAGGAGUACAGUGCCAUGUGAGACUAAUACAUGAGGACAGGCGAAGGCUUCCUUUGUGUAUUUGCCAUCAAUAAUAGCAAAUCAUUUGCAGAUAUUAACCUCUACAGGGAACAGAUUAAGCGUGUAAAAGACUCAGAUGAUGUACCUAUGGUGCUAGUAGGAAACAAGUGUGAUUUGCCAGCAAGGACAGUUGACACAAAACAAGCCCAUGAACUGGCCAAGAGUUACGGGAUUCCAUUCAUUGAAACCUCAGCCAAGACCAGACAGGGUGUUGAAGAUGCCUUUUACACACUGGUAAGAGAAAUACGUCAGUACCGAAUGAAAAAACUCAACAGCAGUGAUGAUGGGACUCAAGGUUGUAUGGGAUUGCCAUGUGUGGUGAUGUAACAAGAUACUUUUAAAGUUCUAGCAUCAGAAAAGAGCCAUCGUCAAGCUGCAGUGACACCUUGGUCCUGACUUCUCUGGAGGAGAAGUAUUCCUGUUGCUAUCUUCAGUCUCACAAAGAAGCUCCUGCGAUUUCCCCAACUCUCAGUAGAUCAGUAUAAUAUUCUCUAUUUGAGAAGUUCUCAGAGUAACUACCUCCUCAGUUGGUUGUCUGACCAGAGAAAUGAACCUCUUGUUACUGCCAGUAUUUCUCCACCCUGGGUUCUCCCCGAGCACACACAAACAAACCUCUGCCACCCCAGGUUUUUCAUCUGAAAAGCAAUUAAUGCUCUGAAACAGAGAACCAAACUGUAGAAACAUGAAAUUCUGUAGAAAACAAUGUCUUGAGCUCUGAAGUAG